AUGGAGCCCGACCUCUCGGCCACCAUCACCCACCACCCGCACCCAUUCCACCUCCACCACCACUCCUCCAAUGUCUCGAGGUCAAACAACCACACACCAAUGUCUGGCACGCGGUCCACCCAUGGCAACGGCAAUGACAGCGACAAUGUCGCCGCAAGCACGGCCCUCGAGGGCGAGCAGGUAAAGGGCGAGCAGGAAGGCGCCCACGCACGGCAUCCCCCACAGCAGGAGGACGUCGAGAGCCAGAAGACGGGCGGGCGCCUCCCGCGGUACUCUGUCGAGAGCGACCCCUACGGGCUGUCAGCAGGCUACAAGACAGCCGACGAGCUGGAGAAGAUCAAGGCCAACAUCUCUAGGAAGCGUGACGGGCCUCCCUCCUCCUCCAACGCCGCCGGCAGCAGUACCUCGUCGCCCGCCCCCAGCGUCAAGCAGGGCAAGUCCAGCCUGCUCCCCAAUUUCGGCCGCAAGGCCGUCCAGUACCGCCGACUGCAGGGCUUCUACAACCGCCAGAACGAGACCAUCGAGCGCAUGCUCAAGUCGGUCGACGAGCACGUGGCCGAGGCAAAGCAGGAGCAGGGCGAGGACCAGCUCAAGUUCAAGAUCGCCGUCUGGGGCUCCUUCGUCGCCAACGUCAUCCUGGCCGCCCUCCAGGUCUACGGCGCCAUCUCGUCCAGCUCGCUCUCGCUCUUCACCACCAUGGCCGACGCCAUCUUCGACCCGCUCAGCAACGUCACCCUGAUCUUCGCCAACCGCGCCGUCCGGCGCGUCGACCCGGCGCGCUUCCCCUCGGGCAAGGCGCGCCUCGAGACCGUCGGCAACAUCACCUUCUGCUUCCUCAUGACCGCCGUGUCGCUGAUCCUCAUCGCCUUCUCGGCGCGCGAGCUGGCCGACCGCGAGGGCGAGGUUGGUGUUAACCGCUUCCACCUGCCCUCCGUCAUCGCCGUCAGCGUCGCCUUCGCCACCAAGCUGGCCCUGCUCCUCUACACGUGGGCCCUGAAAGACAGGUACUCGCAGAUCCUGAUCUUGUGGCAGGACCACCGCAACGACCUGCUCAUCAACGGCUUCGGUAUCCUCACCUCGGUCGGCGGCUCGAAGCUCAUCUGGUGGAUCGACCCGGCGGGCGCCAUCAUCAUCUCUGUUAUUAUCAGCUUCGCCUGGCUGCGCACUGCCUUCACCGAGUUCCUGCUGCUCGUGGGCGUCGUCGCAUCCGUCGAGACCCAGCAGCUCAUCACCUACGUCUGCUGCACCCACAGCCCCGCCAUCCGCCAGAUCGACACCGUCCGCGUCUACCACUCAGGCCCGCGCCUCAUAGCCGAGGUCGAUGUAGUGAUGGAUCCAACCGAGUCUCUACAGGAGACGCACGAUGUAGCCGAGGACCUGCAGUUCAAACUUGAGAGCCUACCUGAUGUCGAGAGGGCGUAUGUGCAUGUUGACUAUGAGACGGAUCACAAGCCAGAGCACUUCUUCAAGAAGGACCUCUGA